AUGGCCACUCAAAUACCCGCGAACUCAGUCUGGUCAGCAAUGACCUACGUGCCUCCACGUGGCCGCUGCAACUACAAGACAUCGCUCAUGUCGCCCGCCUGUCCAUGCUUACGCUUCAUGCUACACCCGGUCAAAGCCGCGACGAGCUUCGACUUUCACUCGCUGGAGAACCCGGCCGAGGAUGCUGUACUAAGGAAGUGGGAGGCUGAAGAAGCGGAGGUGAAGCAACAAGCCAAGAGUGGGCAGAAGCAGGUUACCGGAGGUGCGCCUGCGAAGAAGCGGAGGAGAGUGGCGGAAAAGGAAGAAGAGCAAGUUGGACAGAGGGUGAUCGAGCUGCUGGAUGACGGACAUGAGGAGGACGGGAUGUUGGCAAGGACGAUGGCGCUGUUUGGAGGUGGCAGUGAUACUGCUGCUGGCGCUGGCGAUGCUGAGGUGACAAGGACCUCCAGACCAAGACGACGAAAAAAAGGCGUCGACUGA